CGUGCAGCGCAAUUCGUAGCCCAAUGCGGGUUCUAGAUGACCUGUGUUCCAGCCCGGCAGCAUGCGCAGUUUCUUGGUCCCGCCGUGAAUGUCAUUCGCUCAUGCUUGAGGUGUCGUCUCGCGUCUGCCCGCAUCAAAGCUUCGGCGCGGGGUCCUCCGCCGCCAUCGCGCGCCUUGCGAGCAUCACCUCCCACCCUACUCGUACAGCAGUGCAAGGCAACCCCUGCGCUACGCCCUUUGCAACAUGCUGAGCAGACAAGAGUCGAAGCCGCGCGGCGGUAAAGCGAAGCUGGAAGAUGUAACCAACAUCCUUCACGAGUUGACGACGGACCUGACCGCGAAGAAACUCGCCUCGAAACGGCGAAAGACCUUGCUGGAACAACUCAAGGUGCAUGGCCGGGCUGUGGAAGAUGCAGAUCCAAUAUUUACCAAGGACGGGAUCCACACACUCUGCCAAUAUGCCUUCGAAGACACCGAUGUCCCGACCUCGCAAGAAGCGCUCCGUUGCAUCGCAAACGCUCUGCUGCUCGAGCCCAAGAUGCGCCAGGUGGUGGUCGACCUUGGGUAUGCACCAAAGGCAGCGGACAGACUGAAGCAAGAAAAUGUUGACGACGAAUUCCUGUGCUCUCGCAUUCUUUUCCUCAUGACCUACGAUACCAAUGUUGACUUCGACAACCUGGUCCAACACAACGAACUUGCCGAAAAUAUCAACAACGCCAUGACCCGACAUGCAAAGCGGUACUCCAAGCAUGCGCGGCGCCAUUCGCAGAUGCACACUUCGCCCAUAGAUCUCAUGGCGCUGUCAGAGACACUUAAACUCAUGUUCAACAUCACCCACUUCUACCCUGAUCUGGCCGAGCACUUCUCCAAGUCGAUACCGCACAUCUUCAAGAUUCUUACGCGUCGAAAGAUACCCAGCCCGCCCCUCCAAGCGCCAGUAAACUACCUCGUCAAUUCCCUUCUGAAUCUCGAUCUGGAGGACAAAAAGGGCCAACAAUUGAAGUUCUUGGGCAUGAACGCCGUGUUCCCCACGUUCGACCAGAAGUGCAACGCUGAGUUUCUCAUUGAUAUAUUGGACAAUGCUAUUGUAGAGUACUCGGAAAGGGAGCUGGACGAAACGGUGGCUCCCGUGCUAACCCUCAUACGUCGCAUCUACGAAAUCGCACCCGAGAGCGUACAGAAACACAUAGAAUGGCUCCUGCUUCCCACCGACAAGGAGCGAUCACGCCCUCUGGGUCAGUCCGACACUCUCUCAGCACGCCUCCUCCGCCUUUCGACCUCUGCCAUGACACCUUCCUUACGGAGCUCCAUAUCCGCCAUGAUGUUCGAGCUGUCUGGAAAGGACGCGAGUAAAUUCGUCCAAAACGUUGGAUAUGGCUUCGCUUCGGGAUUCUUGCUGAGUAACAACAUUCAAAUGCCCGAGAGCGCGAUCGAAGCCUCCGCGACUGCAGACCCAGACAAGGCUAUACCCGUAAACCCGAUAACAGGACAGAGGUUGGAUGCUGAAGAUCCAAGCUUCCAGGAGCCAAUGACAGAGGAAGAGAAAGAGCGGGAGGCGGAGCGGCUGUUUGUGCUGUUUGAAAGACUUAAAGCCACGGGUGUGGUCAACGUGAAGAAUCCUGUCGAGGAAGCUUUCCGCUCUGGGCGCAUCCAAGAGCUUCCGGAUGACGCUGACUGAUUGGAUUCGUGCCUUCUUUUGGAUACUGGCAGUACAAAGGCUGUGGCAAAGCAGCGAGCAACGGCUUUUGGAUUAGUGCAGGAAAUCAGCACGCUGGCAGUGCUCCGGCCGUUUGAGGUUGACAUGCUGUUAAUGUCUGGUCAUUACGAAACUGGAUGUCUCCAGAGGCGGAUAUCUGAUCACGGGCGCGCUACAUGCCCCGUUGUUAUAUACAUGAUAGUGCCUAUGACGAUUCAAGACGUCCUACAUAUCGACGCAAGUACAUGAGAGCAGUAAUGAAAAUAACAUCAAAUAUCUCACAGGCUGAAUGAAUCAUACAGAGCUGGCACUGCUCG